AUGGCAGCUACAACUUCUACUCUUCUCUACCUAACCCUAUCUCUCCUCUUAUUCCUACAAUUCCACAUAGUUUUCACCUUUCCAUUUGAUGUUGAUGCUGAUGCUGAUGACAAUGAAGUCUAUGUUCUCGACAACCCAGUUCCGAAUUUUCGAUCGAGAAGCAGGAUGUUGACGCAGGGGAGCAAUGUGAUAAAGAAAGGGACGCAUUGUGAUCCUGAACACAAGAACAUCUGUGAUGGGGUUUCUGCCAACAAAGGCACCAGCCUGCUCUACUGCUGCAAGACACAUUGCCGGAAUAUCCUCAGCGACAUGAAUAACUGCGGCCGUUGUGGGGUGAAGUGCAAGUUCGGAGAGCGGUGCUGCAAUGGAAGGUGUACAAGUGUUGUUUACAAUGACAAUCAUUGUGGGAAGUGCAACAGGAAAUGCCCUUUUGGGGUUAAAUGUGAAUUUGGAAGCUGCGGCUAUGCAUGA